AUGACUGACUCUACUGGACUCAAGACACUGGGCCUCCCCCAGGAAAUGCGGGUUAUGGAAGCUAAGGGAGCUCCAUGGUCUAAGCCUCAGCUCACCAAGGCAGCAAUGUGGACGCCCAGAAGUCAGGAGCAUUCUGCGAAGAGAGGACAGCAGGGCUGGGAAGUUCUUCGAGCAUCUCCGGGAAGAGCGGUGGAGCACUGCGAAUGCAAAGAACAGAGCCACCCGCUGCACUGCAGCCUGACCAUGACACAGAGGCUGUGCCUGCAGAUGGUGGCGGGCUCCGUGGGCCUCGCUCUCUUCCUGUCCCUGCAGCUCACCUCCCUGAUCUUCUCCCUCCCCUUCUGUGGGCGCCACAGGGAAAUCAACCACUUCCUCUGCGAUGUGCCUCUGGUCCUGCGGCUGGCCUGUGCAGACAUCCGCGUGCAGCAGGCCGUGCUCUACGUCGUGGGCAUCCUGGUGCUGACCGUGCCCUUCCUGCUCAUCUGCGUCUCCUACGGGUUUAUCACAGCCGCCAUCCUGCGCAUCAGCUCCUCAGAGGGCCGGCAGCGCGCCUGCUCCACCUGCUCCUCAGGCCUCACAGCGGUCCUGCUGCAGUAUAGCUGCUGCAGCCUGGUCUACCUGCAGCCACGCUCCAGCACCUUGGAGGACGAGGACCGCCACACCGCCCUGAUCCACACUUUUGUCACCCCCUUACUCAACCCCUUGAUUUACACCCUGCAGAACAAGGAUGUUGAAGGUGCCCUGCGAGGUGCCAUGGUGAGCAAAGGGUCCCUGAGGCCGGCUGCAGGCCCGGGGAGGCUGGUGGGCAGCGUCUGGCUUUGUCCUGCUCAGCGGCUCUACACGACCAGCAGAAUCACGCUGUCUACUGUCCCGACUUCUCGCGUGCUGUUCUUUGUACCAUGGUGCCUUCGGCCCACAGACUGA